CGCGCCAAGUACGCGCUCGCUAUUCACCCUGCCGCGUAUUCUGAAGACCCUAAGACAAGAACCCUGGCAUUCCGUUUGCUCAAUUGGACCUCUUUUUUUUUCAAACUCAACUUUAGAACAACAAAGCAAACAUAUAUUGCUUCUUCGCUGGAAUGCCUUUUCUCUGAUGAUUUAUUGAUCAUGGAUCCUCUAUACAACACUUCGCAAAACUCAAGCGGCUACGGGACUAACGGUUCUUUGGUCAAUGACACGGACGUGUUGUCGAACCAGUUCGUUCAGCCGGUGUGGCAGAUAGUUCUGUGGGCCAUCGCGUACUGCUGUAUAGUUCUGGUGUCAGUUGUUGGAAAUAUCACUGUUAUUUGGAUCAUUUUAGCGCAUAAGCGCAUGAGGACCGUGACCAACUAUUUUCUUGUGAAUCUUGCGUUCGCAGAGGCUUCUAUGUCGGCUUUCAAUACCGUUAUUAACUUUGUGUAUGCAGUGCAUAACGAGUGGUACUUCGGACUUGUUUACUGCAGAUUUCACAACUUCUUUCCAAUAGCAGCUGUCUUCGCUAGUAUUUACUCCAUGACAGCAAUAGCCCUGGACAGGUACAUGGCUAUCAUCCACCCACUCCAGCAGCGCCUGUCGUCCGCUGAGACCAAGCUGGUGGUGGGGGUGAUCUGGGCCCUGGCGCUGCUCCUGGCUUUCCCCCAGUACUAUUUUUCCAGCACCGCUCAGCUACCAGGACGAACCGUGUGCUACAUCAACUGGCCAGAGUACAGUGUGUGGGAUUUCCAAAAGACGUAUUACGUCUGUGUGGUUGUGCUUAUCUACUUUCUGCCUUUGCUCCUCAUGGGUUGUGCUUACCUGGUGGUGGGAUGUACUCUCUGGGCGAGUGAGAUUCCUGGAGACUCUUCAGACCGCUACCGAGAGCAGCUAACCGCCAAACGGAAGGUGGUGAAGAUGAUGAUUGUCGUUGUGUGCACCUUCGCCAUUUGCUGGCUGCCCUACCAUGUCUACUUCCUGUUGCACCAGUUCCUUCCCCACUUGUUUGAGGAACGGUACAUCCAGCAGGUGUACUUAGGAAUUAUGUGGCUUGCCAUGAGCUCCACCAUGUACAAUCCCAUCAUCUACUGUCUUCUCAAUGACAGGUUUCGAGCUGGAUUCCAGCAGGCAUUCUCCUGGUGUCCUUGUGUCCCCCAAGGCUCAUAUGAAGGUCUGGAGCUCAAAUCCAUUCGCUAUCUUCAGACGCAGGCCAGCUUUUACCGUGCCAGCCGAAUGGAGACCACAGUAUCCACAGUGAUGCCGGUUGUUGAGGGGGACCUUCAGGAGAAUACAAAUCGACGCUCCAUAGAUCUCACAUCUAAUGGUUCUUCACAAAGUGCUUCAAAGACUGUAUCAGAGACAUCCAGUUUCUAUUCUAGCAACAAUUUAGCUUAGGAAGGAAUGUAGGAAAUGCUUUGAGUUUUUAAAGCACCAAUGUUGUGAGAAAAAGUGCAAAUUAUACAUGUUCCAGGCAAUGUUGUAGUGUGAGAUACAAACCAGAACAGGUUUUUAGGCUAAUGUGUGAAAACGUGAUAUGCAUAGUAUAUUGGAGCAUUAAUACUGUCUUUGUGUUUAGCUAAAGUUUACUACUCGAGGCAACUGGCUAGAAAUCAUCCCUGUAAGAGUUAACCCAACAACUUACCCAAUCAGCAUUUGCACCUGGGCCCAGUGGGUUUGUUUAGGAAAACCUGACCAGCUGAUCCCCUUGGCAAUGAUCUGUCUGUCGUUACUGCUGGUUGUCGAUGAUACGAUAGCCAGCAUGACGACGUGGAAGGUUUGCACCUGUUGUUGCAUAUUACUGGACUACGAAUGUGACAAUAUAAAGGAUUUGUAUGGAAGGCAUAGAGGGUCAUGAUAAAUAUAGCGCAGCGAGAGAGAGAAAAAUGGACUUUGUACUAACAUAGUUACAUCCAUUUAUAUCGCCUUAAUUCUCUGUUAAAUCCAGAGUUUAUUAUUAACAUGUUCUUGAGUAUCAGUUACAGCAAUACUGCCUUUAAAAAAAGACCAUGGUAUUUAUUAUUAUUAUUAUUAUUAUUAUUAUUAUUUUAAGUCUACCAUUUGUUUUUGUAUAUUUCAAUAACAGUGCAAAUUAUUUAAAUGAAAACCUAGCUGUUGAUUUGUGGUCACCGAUUGUAUUAUCAUGUGUAUAAACAGACAUAGAUAUUCAUAGAUGUUGUGCAUAGUAAGUAUAGUGGCAUAAUGUCUAUUUUGAUAUAUGUCUAACUAUACAGCUUGUACAGAAGUCCCUGCAACAACUACUGAUCAUUUUCAGCGUUGUCAAAAUCUAGAUUGUGCUCGUUCUACAUGUUGCUUUUAAUGUGAGGUCCAUUUUCUCGUACAGUGGCUGUUGUACAUCUGUGUACAAUAUCAUGAUGUUGUUUGGCGUGGCUUGUGCUCACUUUACAUGCCUUUUUUAGCUCUAAAUUGUGCAGGCUCUUGCUUUGUAUGGCAGGUGUGAGAGCUGCUUUGAUGCCUGCAGAGGAACAAAAGAGCAGCGAUGUUGCACCUUUUGAGCUGCUCUACAGCUGCAUGCACUAGCAUCUCCACUAACGUGAUAUCUCAGCCCUCUUAAUAGACAUGUUAAAACAGAGUACUGGAUAGACUUGCCUUGAUAUAGUGCGGUUUUUUGAAGGCCAAAUAUUUUACCAUAAACAAACAUAAUUUGUUGGGACCAUGAUAUGAAGGUUAUGCAUCAUGUGAGGACACAAAUGAGACUGAAUUAGUCCAUGUCUGUUAGAUUUGAGAUCUAGACGGUAGUAUGCUCUAUAAGUUAAGCUGAUUUAAUUUUUAGCAGAUACACAUUUUAAAUCUACAGUCUUACUUUCUCUAAAAUACAGACACAAAAUAUUCACUCACGUUGUCAACAGGGCCUUAAAAUUAGGUUUUUUUUGUCCAAACAAACGCUCUCUUAAAUGAGAAUGUCCUCUCUUAUAUCAA